AUGGCGAAAAAGGCGAGGAAAUCUUCUGCAGCGCAUCGUUCAAGUAGUAGUUCUGGGUGUUCGAGCUCGCAUACUUCUCCAGAUUUGACAACAUACACGACAUUUGACAUAUCGCACGGAGACGGCGAAUUCGCAACCGACGCCGUGGUCCAGAGAUUCGAAUCAAGAUGCCAAUCAAGAUGCAAAUCAUCACACUCACCACCAGACUCGAGUCAACAGCUGCUGCUUCGAUCGAGCUGUUCCCCGCCUGCCUUACCCAUCCUUGAGCAGACGUUUGACGUCGAAGACUUGAUUUGGAAUUGCCAACACGCCGUCCCACCCACCAUUUCCCUGGCUCCAGAAUGCGAGGCCGUGCCCUUCUUCUUCCGAAACUUUGUCACACUGCCGCAGCAAGCUGAGAAUACAAGGGGCUUUCUCGAAUACCUCGUCCCUCUGUACAAUCGUGCCCACCCAUCGUCAGUCCUGCACCUCGCUACUACGGCCGUAGCAUUGGCGGCAUGUGGACAGUACCCUGGUCGGCAACAGCUCCGCCGCCAAGCAGUGUCCACAUACGGCAAGGCUAUCAAGAAGCUGCAUGAAGAUCUCCAGGACUCACACAAGUCCAAGAGCAACGAGACAGUGCUUGCUACACUCAUGUUCUCCUUGUAUGAAACAAUCAUGAGCACCGACGACACCAUCACAGCAUGGGGAAACCAUGUCGACGGAGCUGUCACGUUGACAAAACUGAGAGGAACAGAGCAGUUCAAAGACCCCAUGUCGCACGCUAUCUUUCGCACCGUGCGCACAAUGAUGAUCACAAGCUGCAUACAGCGCUGCAAACCGAUCGACCCGUUUCCCGGUGCGGCGGGCUGGCUAGGCAAUGGCGACAUUAGCGAGGAAAACGCUGCCAACCGCCUAACACUUAUCUGCAUUGACCUGCCCAAUCUUAGCGCCCGCGCAAACACGCUCACGUCCAUGCCAUAUGAUGCCGCGUACGAAGCCGAGGCCAGAGAAAUCCUCGACUUUGCGCAAGUGGUGGAUGGAAACCUGGAGGAGUGGUACAUGUCGCUGCCGAUAGAAUGGAAGCCGCGCAUCAUUGGCAUCGUCAAUCAGAUGCUCGCGCCCGAGGAGCUUGAGGUGGCGGGAAAAUGGCCUGGCGAACAGCAUGUGUAUGCCGACGUGCCGUUGGCGAGCGUCAUGAAUGAUUACCGUGUGUGCCGCAUCUUCUGCCGCCGCGUCAUCAUGGCGUGCAUAACAUGGCUAAGCUCCAAUGGAAGAUACAUCAACUACGACGAGGCGUGGAACAAGAGUGUGUUCAUCAUUCAAGCCAUGGUGGACGACAUCAGCGCAUGUGUGCCUUUCCACAUGUGCUACGAGCUUCAACCCUUGGCCAAGGAGACGGGUCAAGAAGAAAAUGCCGCAGAAGCAUUCGGGGGCUAUUCGCUAGUCUGGCCACUGUAUGUCGCUGCAAAUGCUGAGACAGUACCGCAGGACCAGCGCGACUGGCUUUUUGGGCGACUCGCAGUCAUCGGUACCAAGUUUGGGCUGAGUUAUGCCCAGGUGCUCGUCCUGGCGAGGAAACACAUUCUUACAUGUGGGCCCAUGUUUCCCUGA